AUGCAGCUGCGCUGGAGCGGUCACCUGGUGCGCAUGGACGACGAGCGACUACCCAAACGACUCUUCUACGGAGACGUCGCGACGGGUUCUCGUCGUCAAGGAGGCCAAAUUCGCCGUUACAAGGAUACUCUGAAGUCCUCCCUGAAGCUUCUACAAAUUAACCCGACCAAGUGGGAAGAGCUCGCACUCGACCGACCGACCUGGAGGAGGACAGUGAAGACAGGCGCUGCGAUCUACGAAGCCAACCGAAUUGCCGCCGCCAAAGCGAAAAGCGAAGCACGCAAAUCCCAACUUCGCCCAGUCCGCAACGCUGACGCACAACCGCUACCUACGUGUCCUCGGUGUCAACGGACAUUCCGGGCACGAAUCGGACUUGUUGGACAUCUCCGAACCAACUGCACCUCUCGAACUGCUCCAGCCAUCGUUCCCCCGCCCGCCUCUUCCUCGUUCCCUCUGCCGACAACUACCUCUGGCAAUUCUUCUGAACCACCACUUCCAUUCUCUUCCUCCUCCUCCUCCUUCUCCUCCUCCUACUCCUUCUCCUCCUCCUCCUCCUCAUCCUCCUCCUCCCUCUCUUUCCCCUCCUUCUCCUCUCCCUCCACUGCCCAACGGCGGCCGCUCAGGCGGCCGUCUUGCACAUCGCCAAAGCCGACACAACAACAGACACCACCCCCACCUCUCUCGACUCCAGCGAUGAGGAUCAGAACUACACCUGCCCUCACUGCGACCGCACCUGCACCUCACACAUCGGCCUUGUCGGUCAUUUGCGAAUCCAUCGCACAGAGACUGGAGAACCAGUGCCUGCAGCACCAACCUAUACCCACCAAGAUCGUCUCAACUGUCCGCACUGCCCUCGCACUUUCAGGCACCGCAUGGGCCUAUUCGGCCACAUGCGCAUCCACGACGACCUGCGGUAGACAACCGCCGGUUACACCACACAUUCACACACUCCCUACCUUCCUCCACCAUCACCACUACACAUCAACACGCACCCAUCGCAAGCACCCAGCUGCCACCUACCACGCAAGUGGGAAGUGUGCAUCUCGACUCGGUCCCCAUGCGGCUUCGGCUGCACGGGUGACUUGA